CUAUUGUCAUCCAGUAGCUGAAAUGAAGUUUUAUUGCAUAACGGGAAAACAUAUGCCCCAUCGGCGGUAUGUGUACAUGUCUUGCCGGGUGUGAAGUCUUGCAAUUAAUUAUUCAAAUCAGAAGACACACCCGGCGCAAACGAAAUGGAUACCAUCCUGAGAAGCGCGGCAUAAGUUGGCAGUACUGCCGAAGGAGAAGUGCGUCGUUAUCGUCGUCAGAUGAGAAUUCCCUUUGUGCACUGGAAAGUAAUUUUUCACGUGUGCAAUCUUCGGAAACAAUCAGCGUGCUCCGCAGAAAUUAUCACAAUAUGGUCGCCAAUAUGUCACACAGUCCAGCUAAUCAGCACGAUGAAUUAUUCUAUCUGCAUCCUCCAAUAAAUUACGUGCUGGCGGCCUUCUUCGGAUUCUUGAUUGUGUUCAGUGUCACCGGAAAUCUCCUGGUCCUGAUGAUCAUAAUGCGAUUCAGAAGGAUGAGGACACGAACAAAUAUGCUUCUUGCCAAUUUAAGCGCAAUUGAUCUGUUGACAGGCCUCCUUACGAUGCCCUUUUCCAUGAUAACAGCCAUAAAUGGAGGAUGGAAACUUGGUGAAACGGCUUGUCAGAUCAACGGCUUUUUGAAUGCUCUUUUUAUCAGCGCGUCCAUUCAUACGCUUAUGUACAUAAGUAUCCAUAAAUAUUUCUCCAUUAAAAACGUGUUUCAUGCCAUACUAACCGCCCGGCACAUCUGGCUGAUGAUGGGAGCGACAUGGAUUUGGGGAAUUCUCUUUGCAAUGGGACUUGUUGCUGGUUGGACGUCAAUUGAGUACAAAAUCGGGACAACACAGUGUGGCCCGAAAGUGCCGGAUCGUAAUAAUGUCCGCGAAAGCAGCCACUCAAUCUUCACCUCAGUAUCAAAUUUUGUUAUUCCAAUGAUAGUGAUACUGUUUUGCUAUGUGUCGAUCUUUCGCACCUUCCGCCGUCAUAUCGACAACCUAAACAAGGAAGACCAAAAAGUGGACAACGUCGCGUCCGCACAACAACGUGCUGUGCUGCAGCAGAAGAAAAUUGCAAUUACACUGAUUAUUGUUUUGGUUGGAUUCUUCAUCUGCGUGGCACCUUACGUUACUUAUUCUUCCGCUAUCGCUUUUGCCAAAGACAAGCUAACUAUACCAAAAAUUUUUAAUCCCAUGGCGUACAUUUGCAUGUACUUCGCCAGCUGUAUUAACCCGGUUAUCUACGCCCUGCGAUCCCAGGCCUUCCGGACAGGCUAUAAGAACUUUUUCCGCUUAUGUUGCCGACCUCAGAAGAAGCGACCGUUGCAGCGUGCCGUGCCGGCACUCCAUGAAUCACCAGACACCGGCAGCAAAUCAAAGUCAUCCACUUCCGGCUGGCGACGUUUCUCCAUGGCGAUCCAUGAUGCGUGGCACACUCUGGGUGGCAGUCGUGAGACAUUGGCAUCCAGCGUCCGUUCACGACAAGGCUCCAUCUUCGCCAACGUCUCCAUUCAUCAUCCCCAUAAAUAUCACUUGGCCGGCGUUGCACAUGAUUUCCCACAAAAGCCCCAUAUGACCCUGACACGCAAGGCAAAUAGCCUGGAUGGCGGUUUGCCGGCUGCGGUGGCCGCCGCAAUGGAGAUCGAUCAGCUUUUGCCUCCCAUGGGGGUUGCGGGCGUCGAUAGUGUAUCACACCCGCGUCUCUUGGCCACUUACCGGCGCCAGAGUUCGACUAUCCUCGAGGAACGCAGUAGCCAACUGGCUAAUUGGACAUCGGCGAAGAAUCCGGAUACCGACUCAGGGAAAGCGGAAAGCGAUGGGGAAAUACAGGAUGGACAUUAUGAAAUACUGCGACGUGGCGAGCGAGCGUACAGCCUGCAUGGUAAUAAUGACACCCGUGCGCUGCGAAUAAAUCCAACCGUACCGCUAAGCGCCAGCAAAUAUACAACUCCUGCGCUACCGGUGGAUUUUGUUUGAUUAAUUACCAACGAUUUGUGGCUGUUGUUUGUUGCGAAUUUGCAAAAUUACAAAUCUUGACAGCAGUUCGCUAACUGUACGAACACUGUACUGCAUACGCUGUUUUGUAAUAGUGCGAAUAAUCUUAAUUAUUAGUCUUAAUUAUUUUUGGUACUCCUAGUGAUACCUCAUACUGCUACUUCGUUGACAGACGAAGUUGCAGUUGUCCGCUUAAAAUCUACUCUAUUGUCCGCUUAAUAUCUACUUUAUUGUAAAAAUGUAUGCGUCGCUGCACCUGUAGUUUGUAGUCGAUAUUUAUGUGUCCUUUUUGUGUUAAUUUUCAUAGAUAAUUUUCGUGAUCCAAGUUAUAGCUAGUUCAUGACUAGAGAAUCAGAUCUCCAAAGUGUUUUACGAUUAUUUUGUCGUUAAUAUUGUUGUUUCUGUGUUACAAACACUGUUCUUCUUUGUGCAUUUCGUGUUAUUAAAUGUGCCAUA